AUGGAUGCCUUGGAACUCGCCAGAAAACUGCAGGAGGGCUCCAUCUGUCUUGACUAUUUCACGGAUCCCGUGAUGACCGCCUGUGGCCACAACUUCUGCCAGGAGUGCAUCCGCCUAAUAUGGGAGAAAGCCAAAAGUAGGAAGGGGGGCAGGAAGCGGAGGGGCUCCUUCCCCUGCCCCGAGUGUCGCGAGCUGUCCCCUCAGAGGAACUUGCGGCCCAACCGCCUGCUGACCAAGGUGGCGGAGAUGGCGCGCCAGCACCCGGCCUUCCAGAGCAGGGACCUGUGCAAGGCGCACCAGGAGCUCCUCAAGCUCUUCUGUGAGGACGACCAGAGCCCCAUCUGUGUCGUGUGCAGGGAGUCGCGGGAGCACCGGCCCCACACGGUGGUCCCCAUCGAGGAGGCUGUGCAGGAGCACAAGCUGAAGUUGGAGGCGGACAUUGGGUCCCUUCGGGAGGAGAUGAUGAAGACAAGAGAGAUGCAGGCCAGGGAGAAACAGACCUUGGCGGAGUGGCAGGAGAAGGUAAAGGAGCAGAGGCAGCGCAUCCUGAUGGAGUUUGAGAAGAUGGGCCUCCUCCUGGUGGAGGAGGAGCAGCGCCUUGUCCAGGCCCUGAAGGAGGAGGAGGACGAGGUAGUGGCCAAGUUACGGGAGAGCUCCGCAGCACUUGAGAAGCAGGGCCACGCCCUGGAGAUGCUUCUGCUGCAGUUGGAAGACAAGAACCAGCACACACCGCUACAGAUGCUGCAGGACAUGAAGGAGCUCCUGAGCCGGAAGAACAGCCUGAGAGUGCAGUAUCCAGAGGCCACCCCUACCGUUCUGAGGACUGUCUGCAAGGUUCCCGAGCAGAUAGAGGUGCUCAAGAACUUUCAAGAGGACGUGGUGCCGGACCCUGCCACUGCAUACCCCUACCUCCUCUUGUACGAGAGCCGCCAGAGGCGCUACCUCACGCCCCCGCUGGAGCCCAUGCCCCAUGGCAAAGACAGAUUCCUGGCCUACCCCUGUGCUGUGGGCCAGGCCUUCUCCUCCGGAAGGCACUACUGGGAGGUGGGCAUGAACCUCACUGGCGAUGCACUCUGGGCCCUGGGUGUGUGCAGGGACAACGUGAGCCGGAGGGACAGGGUCCCCAAGUGCCCUGAGAAUGGGUUCUGGGUGGUGCAGCUGUGCAAGGGGAAGAAGUACAUGCCCACCAUGCCCAGCCCGACCCCCGUCACACUAGCGGAGCCCCCCAGCCACGUAGGCAUCUUCCUUGACUUCGAAGCAGGGGAGGUGUCCUUCUACAACGUGAAGGAUGGGUCCCACCUGCACACCUAUGCCCAGCCCAAGUUCUCUGGCCCCCUGCAACCCUUUUUCUGCCUGGGGGCCCCCAAAUCAGGCCAGAUGGUCAUCUCUACAGUGACCCUGUGGGUGAAGGGUUAG